AGACUAUUGUGACCUCGGAUGUAGAACGUACACGGCGCAGACUAAAGAUGAGUGAACAGAAGAAGGCUUGUUCUUAAGUGGGAUUCGACUCUCUCUACUAUACGUAUACACUCAAGAUAAAACGGAAUGUUCCUAAAAAACCCUCGGCGUUAACCGACUGUGUGAGUGAGUCAGUGAGUAUAGGAGAGAAGGAAGGGGGCUGCGCUCGAUUGACCUGUUUGACGGGUUCCCAGUACGUGUCGGUUUACUUCCCAGCUAAAAUCUUUGUACAAACCAACAACGUUUGGCUACCUCGGUGGCCUGUGACAGCCACGUCAGCCGGACACAAGUCGCCUCAUCGCGUUAAGAACAUUCUGGGUUCGAACCUAAACUUGUGGGGCUCCUGCAGCAGCCAUGUCUCCGAUGGGUAUCCGAGUGUCACCGCUCGGUUUGACGUUGUUUUGUCUCAUCGCUGUCGGCGUCAUUUACCACCUGUAUUCCGGUGUCAUCUCCAGUCGUCUGGCUGCUUUUGGGCAGACCAAAAAAGUGGACCUGAGAAACCUGGCAGCUGUCUCAGUGGAGGCAGCUGUACUUGGUGGCAGAGAGGUGAAGAGGAUACGUGAAGAAGACAGUCUGAAGGAGCAGUCAAAGGGCAAAACAAAGGAAGGAGCCAAUGAGCUUCUAACUAUGGGCGACCUGCUGUCUCACAGGAAGAUGUAUAACCUCCUGAAGAACACCUACCCUGAUCUGACGGUAUACAGUGAGGAACAUGAUAAUGAGGUAGAUAAGGAUAUAACCUGGAGCAAUAAUGUUCCGUUUGACAUCAGAGCCAAUAUAGAGCUUGGCCAUGAGGUUCCCGCUGAUAGCGUCACAGUCUGGAUCGACCCUCUCGAUGCAACCCAGGAAUAUACAGAAAACCUCAUUAAGUACGUGACCACCAUGGUGUGUGUAGCUGUGGAUGGCAAACCAGUGAUAGGAGUUGUCCACCAGCCGUUUACUGGCUUCACUGCCUGGGCCAUUGUUGGUAUGGGGUCAAAUGUCCAUCCCAGAUCGUCCUAUAACAUCCACCAGCCCAAUGUGAUUGUGUCACGUUCCCAUUCUGGAGAAGUGAAAAAUUAUAUACAAAAUGCUUUCGGUGCCAACACGACUGUCACACCAGCAGGUGGUGCAGGUUAUAAGGUUCUGUCACUCCUCAACAUGCCCUCCAAUGAAGUAAACUCUGUAGAUCAGGCAGAUGUGUACGUCCACAUCACCUUCAUUAAAAAGUGGGACAUUUGUGCUGGUGCAGCACUACUUGCUGCACUUGGAGGACAAUUGACCACCCUGAAGGGCGAUGCCAUUGACUAUAGUGGAACUGCACUCAACAAAGAAGGGCUGGUGGCCAGCGUGGGUUUGGACCACAGGGCCAUCGUGUCCAAACUACCGGUCUGGGACCCUGAGAAGCACUAAUGUCAUGUGAUCAAGCUUUGACAAGUGUCAGGCAUUUCCUUUUCAUCUUAGAUCAGUGAUCUAACAUUUUCCAUGACCUCAUCAACAUGGAACUGGACACUGAGCAGGACUGUGGAAAAGCCAUAGCUGCAACAGGACACGGAAAUGACUCUACACAGUUCUCUAAUCCCCCUCCACACACACACACACACACACACGGCUAAGGCUUCAUACUAACCUCCUUCUGUGUGUGCCUCUGUGUAUUUCAUCAGUAUGUGGGUUCUUGGUUGGAGUUUUUGUCUGAUACUUUCUUGGUACUUUGUUUUAUUUGAGCUUUGGUUUGAACAGGUGUAAUUUACUCUGAUGAAUAGUAAUGGGUUAACUACACAGUGUGUAGUUGACAUGGGUAAAUGAGGCAGGUGAUGAUAUUUAAGUCCUACAGCUUUCUGCAAACACUUGGCCCUGAAAAUAUGAUCUGGAACAAAAAUGUGGGAUUAUUUGCCUUUGUUGAACACACUUAAAUGUACUGUACAUACUCAAACAUGAAAACAGGACUGGAUGUCAAAGUAUAAUCCCGAUUGUUUGCUCUGCAACACAAAUAUUGAAAUAACUAGAGCAGACUGCACAGUGGACACAGAACAUAAUAAUUAUAAAAAUUAUUAUAGUAAUGCUCAUAAUGUGAAGCACAAUACUGAAUGUGAAAGUAAAUAAGGUCUAACUGAUACCAUUAUCACUACGAAAUAUAUGAAGUCCAGUUUACAUAACAAAUGUCUUCCUUUCAUUAAGUCACUGCCAGGUCAGAUGAGCGCAUCUCAGAAAACACACUGCUCUUCCUGAGGAAAAAAACACUCCUGCUCAACUUUCAACAUUGGCAUCUGUUGCAUAUCUUAGUGCGACAUUUUUUGCAUCCUAUCAAAGUAAAUGUUGAUGUUUUUCAGAGCAGGUCCUACACUAUGUUUUCCCUCUUAAACUGUUGGUGCAUGAUUUUUUUUCUGGACCUUAAUACAGUGCAAGCUAAAAACAAAGAUUUUUCUUGUACAUGAAUCACAGAUUAGACCUAAGAACAGUACCACAGUACUGUACAGGGUUUGGGGUUGUUUAUGUAGCAGUUUUGACCUACAGUAUGUGCACUGUUUCCAUCAAGCUACAGCUGGCACUCCCAUUUAUUUCGAGAUGGAGCUAUGUAUGUUGUCACUGUACAAGUGUAGUUGCAUGUUAUAUGUUUUUACUUGUCAUUUACACAGCACCAACUACACUUAUCUUAAACUUAUUCUAAAGCAAAUUUUACAUUUUACUAGGAAUUUAUAUUCUUUAAGAAACAUUUUAGAGCAAAUUCAUAAUUUUCACACUGCAUUCGCCAGGAUUCUUAAAUAAAUGUUUUCAUCAACAGGUUGUUAAAAUGGUCACGCACAGACAAAUUGUCAUUGUACCUGUUUUUGAUGAUCUGGGUAAUUGCUGUACUGCAGUUAGGUGUUGUUAAUGUAACAUCGUAUAAAGGGUCAUUCCUACUUUUUACAGCUCAUGUUUGAUAUUUAAUUUUCUCCUUUUGUGUCUUUGAUUGUUCUUGGUCUUUCUGUACAGUCUGCAGAACUGCAGAAAAAAGUUGGGCUUUUCAUUUUGUUUAGAAUUUAUGAUGGAUUAAACUAAUUUUCCUUAA